UAUCAAUCCAGUACGCCUAGUGUUUAAAUCUUGAAUUGGUUAGAAGCUGUGUCAGAUUAUCAUCAUGGGUGUCGAUAUUCAAACUUAUCGUGGAAGAAUUGGUUGUUUCAAUCGAAACCUUGGUACUGAUGUUUUGACUACCAUAUAUAUAGCCGAAUUUACCCGAGGAUUAAAGACUAUUGGAGCAGUUGUAUUCAUAGGUAUUUUGUUGCUCUUGGCCGGUAUUGAGCAAAAUCCUGGACCGAUUUCAGAGUCAACGUCUAAACGGACGCCUGCACAUACUACAAUCCUUAAAGUUUGCGGCUUACCAAAAGGCACUAGAGAAGAUUCUUUGCUAAGCUUUUUUAAAAAUUUGACACAACCACGGGAUGGAAAUGUUUUAAGAGUACAUAUUGAUGAGAAUGACUUAUCCGCACUUGUUGAGUUUGAUGAGGCGGAAACUUUACAAUUAGUGUUGAAGGAAAAAACAAUUAAGAUAGAUGAUAAAGACGUAUCUAUCGAAAUAUACUUUGAUGAAUCUUCUGUGGAUGAAAAUAAUAGCUCACAAAUUGACAAUGCUGACGAAGUCUUCGAAGAUAUAACCAGCGAUGAAGAAUUAGGUUCCGAUUAUGAACAUGUAAAUAGGCCAAGCACCGUAACUAGAGUGGUGUCAUAUAUUGGACGUACAAUUACAAAAGGUCUUAGAAAACGUUUUGACUUCUUCAAGUCUACAGCAAUAUCUGGUGUACAAGACACCUUCGGGUCUAACAAAGAGAUAUUUUGGCAAAUGCUGGAAACACUUGGGUUGAUACACAGAUACCCAGGUACAAUAUCGAUCAGAGACAUUGUUGUCGUAGAUGACAUAGAAUGGAAUGAGAAAGAAAAUGGAAGUAUUUGUUUCACUGACAUUCCAUGGUUAGUUCUUAAACGAUUAAUUAGUUCGCAAAGUGAUGUUAGGGAUGUAUCAGUAACAAUAGAACACGAUUUUAAUAACGGGAUUUAUUUAGAAAAUACGUUGAGCUCUUCGUCUACCAUACCUGACGAUAAACAAGACAUAAGCCCAUUAGAUGUAUUUUAUAUCAUUUUUCAAUGUUGUGAUCCUUUUUUGAAACAAGUCCUUGUACAAAAACUGUAUCUUUGUAAACUCGCUGUACCAUUUUUGUAUAAGUAUUGGGAAACUAAAGAAAAACAAGUGUCAGUACUAUCAGUUUGGCCGUUGCGAUCUUUAGCAAUAGAAAAUAAGCAAACGAAUGAUAGAGACAGUGAAGGUCAAUGUAAAGAAAUUGAUAUUCUUGAGCUUCCAAAAAAAUGA